AUUGUUGUGUCUGCAUCGCUUCUCCACAACGACCACAGACAGACAUACAUCAUGCAGGAUUCAGCAGACGACCACCACAGAUAUCAGUCCAGCGACGAAGAGGACUUUCAGGACUCCCUGGACAAGUGCGUUACGCUGCCAAAGCCUAUCCUUCUUUGGCGCACAACAUCGCCGUCAACAGCAGGAUCAAUACCGCCAAAGACAUGUUCAACUCUUAUUAUUGGCACAGCAUUCGGUGGUAGCGCGCUCCUCCACACUAUUGAAGCAAAGACAUUGCUCGGAACCCUAGUUCUGCCUGGCAUUGAUCUGAAAGAUAACGCAGUGGACGUGAACUCACGAUCGAACGCCAACUGCAACAUCUAUGCGCUGGACGCAGAUCCGACCGUUAUCAUCAUUCCUUGCAACUAUGAAAUCAAGGACCAGGACAGUUUGAACUUUGCAAAGACUAUCAUGAACAGCAUUCAGGCGAGCAGGGUCAUUAUUCUGGAUACACUUUCGCCAUCAACAUAUUUCUCGGGGUCUCCGGACAUCGAGUUCGUCUACCCUUGGCUACGACUUUUGCAAACUGCCGGUUCAACAACUGUGACCAAAAUCCCAACACUGGAAGUACCCAACCUGGUCCAAAAUCUUGGAGCAGCUCUAAUUGCCUAUUGUGAGGUGCGCGGGUUGAGCGAGUCGUAUCUGCUUCUUAGUCUACAGGAACACGUCUACGGCAAGUCUUUGACGACUGCAGCAACAUUACGCGGACUCAAGGAAGGAUUGGCGAGCUUGGGCUGUUCCGAGAUCGCCAAUGCGGUUGAUGUGUCCAACGCAGGUUUGUUCAUUCGGGAUAAACGCGUUGGAUCGAACAGAACACGAGAUGAUCGUAUCUAUGCAUAAAUAGUAUCGUGGGGAUAAAUGAAGCGAAUAUGCAAAAAGAUGGAAUAAAAGCACUCGGUGGAGUCAAGAAUAUAAAAAAAAA